GAGGUGGGGACAUCCUUGUGGCUGGCUCCCAACUCAAUCCUGGGAGGGGGGGAGCAUGCCUGGUGAAGAUUGGCUGCCGGUUCCCCCCAAGAGGCUGCUUUGGAAACCUAGAGGGGGUGGUGCUAAACAGCCCAGAGCAGAGUCUUCAACUUAAUCUAGCUUCAGCUCACUCCAUCCCACCGAUAGUGCCAGAUACAACCUUGGGGGAGAAUGCUGUUGCUUGCCUAGGCGCAGGCACACCCGUUUUAAGAGGCAGGUGUUAGCUCCUUGGCUGGGCUUGGCCCAGGCAGUGCCCUCCAUUCAGCUUGGCUCCCAUCAGCGCUCGUGGCAACCAGAGUCCCACGUUCUCUCCCUCUCUCUCCCCUGCAGCCGAGGGAGCCCUGAGGGGAGUGUCUCUGAGCCAUGAUGUCACCCUGCCCAUGGAAUGCCCUGGGCACUGUGCUGCUGGUUCUGGUGCAGGGCUGGGCGCUGUCCGUGAGUCAGGAGUACGACUACUACAGCUGGCAAUCCGACAACUUCCAGCAUGGACGCUUCUACACUAAGCAGCCCCAGUGCGUGGACAUCCCGGCCGACCUGCAGCUCUGCCACAACGUGGGCUACAAGCGCAUGCGUCUCCCUAACCUGCUGGAACACGAAUCCAUGCCAGAGGUAAAGCAGCAAGCCAGCAGCUGGGUGCCCCUGCUGGCCAAGCGGUGCCAUUCCGACACACAGCUUUUCCUGUGCUCCCUCUUUGCACCUGUCUGCCUGGACCGGCCCAUCUACCCAUGCAGGUCGCUGUGCGAGGUGGUGCGCGACUCGUGCGCUCCUGUCAUGGAAUCCUACGGCUUCCCUUGGCCUGACAUGCUCAACUGCAACAAGUUCCCCUUCGACAAUGACCUGUGCAUCGCUGUGCAGUUUGGAAACAGUCAGGCAACUCAGCCACCAGUGUCAAAGAUCUGCACCCAAUGCGAGAUGGAGCACAAAGCAGAUGGCAUCAUGGAGCAAAUGUGUUCCAGUGACUUUGUGGUGAAGAUGCGCAUCAAGGAGAUCAAGAAAGAGAAUGGGGAGAGGCGAUUGGUGGCUGCGCAGAAGAAGAAAAAGCUGCUCAAAGUGGGGCCGUUGAAGCGCAAGGACACCAAGAAGCUGGUGCUGCACAUGAAGAACGCAGGUGCCUGCCCCUGCCCCCAGCUUGAUGACCUCAGUGGCAGCUUUCUGGUGAUGGGGCGAAAGGUGGGUGGGCGGUUGCUAGUCUUGGCCAUUUACCGCUGGGAGAAGAAGAAUAAGGAGAUGAAAUUUGCUGUCAAAUUCAUGUUCUCCUACCCUUGUUCCAUGCACUACCCCUUCUUCUAUGGGGCAGACCCCCACUGAAUCCCCACUCAUUCCAAGAACCCUGCUCACUCUUCUUCACAGCACUCCCCACACUUUUUGGUUCCCCACUCGUAGCCCGCAGAAUACCCUUUUUUACAUGGGCUGACCUACACAAAGCCACAUACUGUUGGGAGCCCAUCCCUGCAACAGGACCCUUUCUUCUAAAGCACAAACUCCAUUAGGACCAGCUCCAUUAAGUUCCAGAUCAGAGUUCUGCCCAUCUUGGAAGCUUUGGAGAACAUGCAGAAAUCCACCUCAUUGCCAACACACCUUCACUAGAAGAAUAAGUCUUAGCACCUGCAAGCAAACAUCUCUUAUCAAUCCCAGUACACCCAAGCUCCAAUAGAGGCUGAAUCACACAGAAUUUUAGUUGCAACCUUUAGUGGAACAUUUAAGGAAAAUCCCAGUCCAUUCUUAAUUCCUACUAGUGAGAAGCCAAAGAUUUUGAAACAUUAUGAGCAGGGCAACCAAUGCUUUCCAGUCGCAACCUUUCAUUUUCAUAGUGCAUUGAACUACUUAGUUACAGGGAUGGGAAACCUGCGGCCCACUAGAUAUUGUCAGACUCCAAAUCCCACAUUCCCAGCUAGCAAACCUAAUGGGCAGGGAUAUUGAGUGCUGUGGUCCAGCAACAUCUGGAGAGUCUAACAUCCCCAUCCCAUCCCUAACUUAGUAGGAGUUGGCCAGGCGCAGUAUGAAGCUCUAAACAUCUCAGACUGCCAGACACCAGAUGCGUUGUACAAGCUACAAUGUCCCAACUAAUACUUCACUGGACUGACAAUCCCCAGUUCUGGCCUCGUCUCCUAGGUUCUGCAUAGCAUCUUCUCAAGCCAUGUAGAACCUUAAGCAGACACUAAGCAAGGCCUCCGUAGAAGCCUCCCCCAAUUUCCAGCUCGCAUGACCAUUGGCUACUUCUCUGGCUGGGGCUGAUGAGAGUUGUUGUCCAGGUUGCAGGAGGCUGCUGGUCUGUUAUAUGAUUGUGAUGCUUGAAGGUGGGUGACAUCCCUCAACUAAAAAGUCCAGGUCUUCAGUCAUGACAUGGUCAUUAUUGCAUCAGCAUCUUUUGAGGCACAGAUCUGUACAGCAUCCGUAAACAUCAUGGGGCAGAUCCACCC